AUGAUGUAUGCUAAAUUGUGUUUACCGAGCGUGGAAUCAAAUUCAAGCCUUACUCUUGACCUGACCAUGUUCAGUCAAGGUAAACACCCGGCUGGCGACAGAUUAAAGACCCUGUCGCAGCAAGAAAUGCUCAUCGAACAAAAGAGGAAGGAAAUACUGGCGAAACUUGAGCAAAGGCGGAAAGAAAGGGAUGGAGAUUCAUCAAGUUCCUUGACAGGUAACAACAACUCACCGUCUCAGGCAGACUCAGCCAGUGACAAGAGAAAGGCUCAACUUCAAAGGAUGUUGAAAAGCUUUGGGAAGAAAGCUGCUACUCCAGGUGCUCCUCCACCUAGCCUAGGUGCAAAGCUUGCCAAGGACCCACCUCUUCACACCGCUAAUCGGAGUAGCAUAGGAAAACCAAUGACAUCAUCAUCAUCAGCUACUACAUCUGCAUUUGAGAAUCCAUAUGAAGAUGAGGUUGCUGCAGCUGCUUCUCCUGUGAGUGCCAAACCCAGCACGAGUAGUGGCCCCUCUCCCACUGACUCAGCCAAUGUUGACUGGACUGCAGCUGAUGCCAUUGCCAAAGAUGUUGCCAAUCGUGGAGAAGCUGCUGAAGAGGAGGCCCGUUCAAAAUAUGCUGACAACCCUGCUAUUGGUGGUCCCUCAACUUCAACAAUUGGAGCUCCAAUUGGCCGAUCUGACCCUCAACUGAUUGCCUAUGCUGUUCGAGUAUAUGGAAACACAAAUCUCACAGAAGAACAGUGGAAGCAAUGUGAAGAUCAGAUUAAGCUGGGCUUGGUAUAUAAACGGAUGUUGGAGAAGAAGCAAGAAAGAGAACGACUUGCAAGACAGGGAAAGAACAAGUAUGAGUAUGAUUCUGAUGAAGAAAUUGAUGGUGGGACUUGGGAGCAUAAAACUCGGAUGCAGGAGAUGACAGAUACUAAAGAAUGGGCUGAACAACUGACAAAGCAGGCUAAAGGAAAGCAUCACAUUGGGGAUUUCCUACCACCAGAAGAGAUGACCAAGUUCAUGGAAAAAUUGCAGGCUUUGAAAGAGGGUCGAGAUCCUGACUUUUCUGAUUUCAAAGAAUUCAAGCUCCAGGCAGAUAACAUUGGAUACCAGAUGUUACAGAAGCUUGGAUGGACUGAAGGAAUGGGCCUUGGCUCAGAAGGCAAGGGAAUCACAGUUCCUGUGAACAAGGCUGUUCAGAAGGGAGAUAAUUCAGGACUGGGCAUCGAUCGUCCUGAAGAGCUGAAGAAGGAAGAUGACGAAUACGAAGCUUAUCGCAAACGCAUGAUGCUGGCAUACCGAUUUCGUCCUAAUCCCCUUGUAUGUUCAACUCCAAGAAUGCAGGCGAUUGAGAUUGAGAGAGGUACAUGUAAGAAGAAAGGAGUGUUUUUGGAUGUGCUUGAAGAAGAUGUUCGACUCGCUGAGGAGAAAACUGCUGGAAACCCAGGUAUCUUGCUGGAGAUUGAAACUGAGCUUGAAAGAGAAGAACAGGAGUCUCCUGCAAAUAUCAAGACAAUCUUCCCAACUCCUGUGACUCAAAAGAAGAAAAAGAAAUCAGAAGAAGGGUCAAAGAAAAAAGGUCACAGAUCUGUGCCAGCUCUUUCUGAUGAACGAAACAAAGUGCCCUUGAAAGAUAAACCAUCAGAGAUAUCCUACAUGGUUUCUGGAGGAGAGGUAAAUGAAGAGAAAUCCACAGAGUCAAUGCAUCCACAGACAUGGAAGUGCCCAGAGUGCAAUUUCAGUACUAGCCGCUUUGAUAACUUCACAUUUCAUCAAAAGGUGCAUCGAAAUAAAGUGAUUGACUUCAGCAAGAUUGCAGAGAGGAUUUUUGUUCCUGGGGUAACCAAGACACCACCAUCUGCAAAGAAGAGGCAGCGAUCUGUGACACUUGGAUCUUCAUCCAGGAAAAGCAGUGAGAAGAAGAAGAAAAAACCUGAAAGUCCUGAAAAGAGUGCAGAGAAGACUCCAAAGGCUCCAACCAAAGUGGAUAAUGUGAGAAAGAAGUUGAAUUUGAAACCUGCUGAGGACAAGAAAGAAUUAAAGAGCCCCAAAAAGAGAAAACUAAACCAUGGCCCAGGAAAACAUCGUGGAAGAAGUGAUGUCACCACAGAGCAUCUGAGAGCUGACUGGGAGGAUGAAGAUGAGGCAGUGGAUGAUGAUGAGGAAAUGGAGAAUUUGAAAAAAGUGAAGGAAUUCCAAACUCCUGAAAAGCUAGAGUCCACAUUUGAGGCCCUUUUGGCUGAGACUGCAGUGCCAACCAUUCCGAGCCUCCCUCCAGGCAAGUCUCCAUGUUCAACUGCCCCCAUUUUGUCCUCCUCAACCUCAUCCAUUACAUCAGACAGAGACCAGCCUUCAUCAUCACCCACCUCAUUACCAUUGAAGUCGGCACUUGAAGGUCAAGUAGAUGUAGGGUCUUCAUCAGAUACUCAGUUUGAGGAGCACUGUCCCACCUCUCAGGGCAUUCAAUUGAACAAUGGAGAGGAGAAUAUUGAGGCUUCUCCCAAGCAUGAACCCACUCCUGCUUCUAUGCAAGAGUCUUCCCUUCCAGGAAAUGAGCAGGCAUCAAAUCAAAUUGUGCCUGAACUACCUGUGCCCUUGUCAUCAAAUCAAGAAAUGCCUCAGGUUGAAGCAUCUAUAUCUUCUAAUUGGGAAACAGCUGAGACAACUGUACCUGUAUUGAAUCAAGAAACACCCCAAGUUGCUGCAGAAAGGCAGAUCCAAUCUCUGCCUUGUUUCGUUGCAGUCAAGAGUUCACCCGAAACUCGGCCAGUCAAAUCGAACAGAGAGUUUGCACUGGUGAGUGCUGCAAGGCCACCCCUGGAUAUUACGCAGGGGCAAAGCAAUGUCAAAGCAAAGAAGCCCGUGGCACAUGUCACACCCAUGCUGCCCAUUACCACUCCAGGGACCUCUGAGCAACAGCCAGCACCAAAAACUCAGACAUUGUUGAUUCCCCAUAACACGCAGCCAGGAUCCACUGGUUCAACUUAUCUCUUGGUUACGGUGGAUGAAGGGGGAAAGGUGCAGGCCAUCAGUGCUGUCGAAGACUUGGAAGUCCUUGAAGGGCAGACCCUUUUAGCCAUUGAGACUGCAGAUACAGCUGAGAAGACCGAAGGAGGGACCGACAUCCUUGCGACGGCCUUGGCGGACACUCGAGUCGUUCAUUCAGAAUGAAGCUUCUGAAAUUUUCAUGAGUUGGAUUUUAUUCUUGGUAUGCCUCGCAUAUCUUCCCUU